AGAAGUUUGUUAAACAAUGGUUGUUUUGAUCCAGAAGUCUUGGGAAAAUAUUUAUUUACAUGUGCAUAUUUAUAUUACAUAUUUUUGUAUAUUACACACUCCUGCGGUGUCCUUUGAUUAGACUUCAGUUUCCAGCACUGAGAUUUCAGUCAUAGCCUAAGUAAAGGGACUUGCCAUAUAUGUAUAUAUUAAAAUGAAUAAAUAUUGAAUGAAGACUCUACUAUAAUUGGCAGGUAGCCUAGAGUGGUGCUACGUUUUCCAAAAAGGUUUUAUUAGCCGCAGUUCCGAUGGCUGAAUAUGGGUUCAACAGCGAUGUUGUCAAGCUAUAUAGACUGCUCUUAACCAACUACAAUUACGUUAGAUCCGAUUUAACGCGUCUCGCCUGCAUUGUAUGUAGGGGAGUAGAUAUUACCGGCUUUAAAACUGCUACUUUGGCAUGGCCUCUGUUCAAAGUCAAGCUUUAGCCCGUGGCUAACGGUAGCCUGCACACUGGCAUUAGUCAUGGCAGCUUUCAGUGGAUAUUGUGGAGUUAAUAUUAAGAAUAUUCUCCUCAGAGAGAAGUUUGUCCUGAUCUUUCGAAACACUGCAAUUACAUCGUGUAAGAGCUCCCCACAUUAAAUUAAAUAGCAUUGAGUUUUUGUGAAAGUUUAACUGCAUCCUUUUGAAUCUGAUAUCAGUAAUUUAUGUAGACAGAUUUGUCUUCAUAGCCUUGAAGCAUAGGUGUUUUGAUGGAGAACUGCAUAGCCAAAUUAAACUUGACAAAUGUAGAUUUAUGGCUGGCUAUAUCAGUGUCUUGUGUUUAAGUUAAGUGUUUACAGCCUACUUUGCAGUCACGGUAGGGUUCACGUGAAACGAAAGGAAGAUUUUCCUUUUCUCUUUUGUUGCAGUAGAUCCCUCUCUCCCUGUCUCCUGCCUGAACCUGCUGGUUCCUCCACUUCAACUCCUCUCUGCAGCCAUGUGGCAAGUGCUCCAGCAGCAAGAUGUGUUUCAUUAUGGGAAACUGGAUAAUAUUGGUUCAAUAAUGCAAUAAAAAUAAUGGCUUUUAUUUUGAUUUUAUUUUCGCCUUGGUGAUAUCGAGGAAGUCAACCUCCUUUUAUUACAUGUUGCUACUAGUACGCAUGCGAUCUUACAGUAGCAUCUUACCUUGAUGAUGGCUUGAGUGGUUUUUCAAGGCUAAUUUCAUCAGAACAGCUGCAAUAUUUUACAAGAUGAUGGAAACAGCAAGCAUUGAAGAAAUUGGAGGUGCAUAGCUCUGCUUUUAUAAACUGAGUGUUCGGCGAAGGAUACUAAGCUACAAGCGACGAUCGAGCGAUGCUCUUUUUUAAUGUAACGUGUGACAUUACACAGAUUCCAAUAACAGCUAAAACUAGCACAGUCCCUUGCUGUUUUUUGAAUACAUGAAUAAAACUUGAAUGAGCUGUCAGCUAUAAUUGAUCCCUCUCUCCCUGUCUCCUCCCUGCACCUGCUGGUUCCUCCACUCCAACUCCUCUCUGCAGCCAUGUGGCAAGUGCUGCAGCAGCAAGAUGCGUUGCAUUAUGGGAAACUGGAGGAGUUUGUGUCCCUGGUGAUGGAGACAUUCCCAGAGCUGCUGAGUGAGAGCCAGAGGACCGAGCUCACUCUGGGGCUGCAGCAGUUUGGCUGUAAAACUGACCCAGCCCUGGAGGUUCUGUUGUGGGAGUUCCUUUCCAGACUGGAUCAGCUGCUGCCGGUACCAGAUCUCAAACAGACAGUGUCCUGGCUCAGUGCUGCCCCCUCUGUCCUGGAGGUCUGUGUGCAGUCUGUUUCUUACACAGACAAACUGAAGACCCUUCUCAGCCACCACAGAAGUCUUGGACAGUUGGACCUGAAUGUAACACUUCCCUCAGUUGAGGACUGCAAAUUGACCUCUAUUCCCUACUCUCCCUCUCGAAGAGUGGUGGAUUUCACCCAACCGACAAACACCAAUAUCCAAUCGGAAUCCACAACUGAGUUCAUGAACUUCGUAAGCCCCACCUAUUUAAGUGAAGACAUAAAAGCAGAAUCUGUGAUAGACAGCUCAAAUUUCGACGGGGUGGAGCCAAGGACGAGUGUGAACAGAUGUGAAGACAUGGAGGAGAGCACAGAGAGGAAGACUGGAAAUUUGAUGAGCAGAGAGCAAAGAGACGUACUGACGAACAUGAAGGAGGAGGAAGAUGAUUUGGAGAGGCAGAGUGUGAACACGGUGAGGGAAGAUGGUGUGGGAGAUGAAGAGGACCAUUGGAAAGAGGAAGAAAAAGAGAGGGACGAACGGACGCAAGGACACAUAACUGACAAAUUGGUGCAGAACAGAGUCAACUCAGAACAUGGACUGCAGGAAGGGGAGGAGUUGUUUACUCUGGCCACUUCCUGUUUGCUAAAACAGCCUAGAGUGCUGAUUCACAGGCUAGAAAUUGCCAGUAGUUCAGUCCCUGUGUCAUCACUUCCUCAUCCCGGGGCUGAUAAAAGAGAUCACGGAGUGAGAUCUCCAUGGAUACAGCAUGAGGUCUCACCACUGAGAGGAAACGGAUCUCUGAGACAGAAGAAGGGUCAGGUCGUGACCCGGAAGAGGAAUACAGUUGGCCAGUUGGAGAGACCCCUGGAAGUGCUGCCAUCUUCAUCAAUGGAUGGGAUCUGUGCUGAAGCCUCCUUUAUUUCUCCUGUCAUCUCCUCCCAGAACAAAAACAUAUAUUCUGAUCGCACAGGACAAGCUGCUGAGGUGUCGUCUCAGGUCUUUGCCUGCUCCCAGUGCCCGUUCGUUCACACAGAGAAAGUGAAUCUUCAGCAGCACAUAGAGAAGGUUCAUCCAGAGGAGCUCAGUAGCACUCUGGGGUCCCAACAACCUCCCAGCAGCACACAUCAGCACCACACCCCAACUAAGACACCCCCCACCUCGACACAGUCCCACACAGGCACUCCAGGGGCCCACACAUGCUCCCAGUGUGGGAAGAGUUUUAGUUGUAUGAGUAAUUUGAAUAAACACCAGCGAACUCAUACAGGGGAACGUCCGCACCGCUGCCCCCAGUGUGGAAAGAGUUUCAAGGAGUCAUGUAGUCUAAAGGUACACCAGCGAUCUCAUACAGGGGAACGUCCUUACCACUGCUCCCAGUGUGGGAAGAGUUUCACUCGUUUGAUUUAUUUGAAGAUACAUGAGCGAACCCAUACAGGGGAACGUCCAUACCACUGCUCCCAGUGUGAGAAGAGCUUUUCUCGGUCAGAUCAACUAAAGCUUCACCAAAAAACUCAUACAGGCGAGCGGCCAUAUCACUGCUCCCAGUGUGGGAAGAGUUUCACUCGUUUGAUUUAUUUGAAGGUCCACCAGCGAACCCAUACAGGGGAACGUCCAUACCACUGCUCCCAGUGUGAGAAGAGCUUUUCUCGGUCAGAUCAACUAAAGUUACACCAAACAAGUCAUACUGGCGAGCGGCCUUAUCUCUGCUCCCAGUGUGGUAAGAGUUUCCCUCAGCUGAGUAGUCUGAAGCUGCACCAGCGAACUCAUACAGGGGAACGCCCGUACCACUGCUCCCAGUGUGGAAAGAGUUUCCCUCAGUUGAAUAGUUUGAAGUUACACCAGCGAAUUCACACGGGGGAACGACCAUACCACUGCUCCCAGUGUGGAAAGAGUUUCCCGCAGUCAAGUCGUUUGAAGCUGCACCAGCGAACACAUACAGGCGAGCGCCCGUACCAGUGCUCCCUGUGCGAGAAGCGUUUCAAUAAAUUGAGCAAUUUGAAGAAACACCUGCGGAUUCACACUGGGGAACGUCCUUACCACUGCUCCCAGUGUGAGAAGAGUUUCAGCCAAUCAAAUUCUUUGAAGCUGCACGAGGAAAGCCAUAUAGGAGAGCAUCCGUACCAGUGCUCCACUUGUGGGAAGAGUUUUCGCCAUUCACUUAGUCUGAAGGUACACAAGCAAACUCAUGAAGGGGUAAGACCUUACCACUGCUCCCAGUGUGGGAAGAGUUUUACUCAGUCACACAGUCUGAAGGAGCACCAGCGAACUCAUACAGGUGAGCGCCCGUACCGCUGCUCCCAGUGUGAGAAGUGCUUCAGCAGUUUACAGUCUGUAAAAAAACACCAGCAGAUUCACACGGGAGAGCGUCCAUACUCCUGUUCCCAGUGCGAGAAGAGCUUUGUUCAGGCGUCUCAGCUGAAACGACACCUGCAAACACAUACAGGUGAACGGCCGUACCCCUGUUUGCAGUGUGGGAAAAGUUUCAGCAGGCCAGAUAAUCUGAAGCUACACCUGCAAACUCAUACAGGGUGAACACCUGUUACACUGCUCCCAGUGUUUCACUCAUUCGUGUUAUGUGACCGUACACCUGCGACACCACACAGGAUUGGGCCUAUUUCUAUUUGGUUUUUGAAUUUUUGGCACAUUCUUGGAUUACUUUGGGACAAACACGCUGUGGUUUGAUUAUUUUUAUACUUCCAUUUCUUUGUGUGACUGUGAACUUGCCCACGUCUGUAACAUUUGUUAUUCUUUUAAGGAUGAACCUCGUCUUUAGAUUAGAUGUAAAUAUUUGUUAAAAUUUAAUAAGAAAUCUUAAUUUUAAUCUGGUUGGGAGUUGUACAUUUUGAUAAAGGUUGAUCGUCAGUUUGCUCUGCCUAUCAAUCAAUUCUGCGAUUUAAUUUAUAAUUGAUAGCUUUGAUAAUAAUUGGCAAAUUAAAUCAAAUCAAUAUAUUUUGCAGGAAAAAAUGUAACAUGUUUAUGUUUUAUAUUAUUGUGCUUUGCUUUACUCAAUGACAGAAACAGUUCCACUCUUUGCUGUAUCCUCUAUAUUUAAAUAAUGUAUAAUAUAUACUCUAUGGUUUUCUGUGAGAUGUUUACCUAUUUUAUGUUGUAAUUGAGACCUACACGACCAAUUCAUUUUCUUCCUUCCGAUUCCAGCCCCCCAGUCUCCCAGCACCAACGCGUGUUUUGUAUUCUGUAUAAGUGUCUACCUGUUUCAUCAUCACCCCAGUAUUUUCUCCAGUCUUCGUGCGUAUGAGAUUUUAUAUAAAUCUUAGCCUCAGCUCUUCUUAGAGGAGCUUGUAUAAUCUAUGUCUUGGAGCUUUAGUGCCAGUUUGGCCAGUAUAUCUACCUCUUCAUUUCCCUCUACAGUACACCAAAAUGGACUGGCACCCACAGGAAACAAGUGUAUGUACCAUUUGUUUGUAAUCUAUACAGUAUGUCACGCUGUUACACUUGGCAAAGUAUAAAAUUACUUGUGAUGAAACAUUCAAAAUAAAAGCUCGGGUGCAUUCGUCAAAAUACUGAGUUUCUUCUAGCUUUACAUCUAGCAUUUACAUAAAGGCAAUGGGUUUCACCAUUUGUUUGAAAAAUCCGUUGACACAAUUUUGGCGCAAGGAACAUGUUGUUCUGCAAAUGGGGUGUUUCAGGCAAAUGUCAUUUUUGGCACCAGGUUAAGAAAAAGCUGCCUAAAUCCAUCGACAGAUGCAUUUGCGAACACGGUCCGUUGAUUUUGAUCCAACGAUAAAGAAAAAUAUAUUCUGGCUUUUAUAUUGAUUUUAUUUCCACUUUGGUAUCACGGAAGUCACCCUACUUUUAAUUACACGUUGCUACUUGUGCGCAUGCGUUCGUACAACUGGACUUCACUUGGUGUGCUUUAAAAAGCAUGCUAGGUUGUUUCUUCUGAACAGUUCCAAAAUUUUGCACGUUGAUGGGAACGCUGAGCAUUACAGAAAGGCGAAGCGUAGCAACACUUCCCUCCAUAGAACAGUUCAGAACAGUUCAAGCUGACCUCCAUGUCCCGCCCUCCCUCUCGAAGAGUGGUAGAUUCUACCAAGCUGACGAACAGCAAGAGCCAAUCGGAAUCCAUAACUGACUGCAUGAACUGUUUAAGCCCCGCCUCUUCAGAUGAACACAUAAAGGCAGAAUCUGUGAUGGACAGCUCAGAUUACACAGGGGUGGAGCCAAAGUCCAGUUUGAACAAAUGUGGAGACGUAGAGGAGGGGACAGAGAGGAAGACUGAAUGUCUGAUGAGUGGAGAGCAACAGGACAUACUAACCAACAUGAAGCGGGAGGAAGAUUGGGAAAGGCAGAGUGUGAAAAUGGAGAGGGAGGAUGACAUGAGAGUUGAAGAGGGACUCUGGAAGGAGGAAGAAAAAGAGAAGGAUGAACAGAUGGAGAGAAAAACAACUGAAGUUGCCCAAACUGACAAAUUGGUGAAGGAUGGAGUAAAAUCGGAGCAUGGACCACAGGAAGGGCAGGAGUGGUCUACUCUGGUCACUUCUUGUCAGGUAAAACAGCCUAGAGUGCUGAUUCGCAGGCUAGAAAUUGCCGAUAGUUCAGUCCCUGUGUCAUCCCCUCUUCGUCCCAUAGCCUGUAAAAGAGAUCAGGAAGCGGGAUUUCCAUGUAGACGGCAUGAGCUCUCACCACUGAGAGGAAACGUGUCACUGAGAGAGAAGAAGGGUCAGGUCAUGACCCGGAAGAGGAAGACAGUUGGCCGGUUGGAGAAACCCCUGAAAGUGCUGCUGUCUUCAUCAGAGAACGAGAUCUGUGCUGAAGUCUCCCUUAUUUCUCCUGUCAUGUCUCCCAGGAAU